AUGGCUCGAGGACGCGGUACAUUUGGGCUCACAUCGUCUCGUGGUAGAGGUGGAGGCUCGUUCCGGUCAGGUUUUCGUGGUGGAUGGCGCGGCCGUGGACGUGGCAGAGGUGGCAGCAAGCCUGGUGAACCUGCCCCAAAACGCGAGGACGAUGGAACACAAUUGGCAGAGAGAUUCGAAAAGAUUGCUUUGAAUGACGAAGUUGAUGAGAAGCUUGGUUUUGCCAGAAUACAGGAGGGUGGAAUGAAGGAGGGCUGGCUGAUCAAUAUGCAUCCCACACUGCUCAAGGAUCCAGACUGGCCUUCUGGAAAAGCCGUGGUUGAUUAUUAUUUCAUUCAAGAUGAUGGCGGAAUGUUCAAGGCUACUUAUGCCUACGAACCCUACUUCUGCAUCGCGUGCAAGAGUGGAACUGAAUCCACUAUCGAAGAGUGGCUAACUAAGAAGUACGAGGGACUCAUUUGUCGAAUCUCGCGCGAGCGCAAAGAGGACUUGAAACUUCCCAAUCAUCUCAUGGGUCAUUACCGUCUCUAUCUUCAGCUCUGCUUUCGAAAUGUGUCAGACCUCCUAGCCGUCAGGCGAGACCUCCUGCCUCUCGCUCUAGAAAAUGGCUCCAAACGCGAUGCCGUCGACGCUUAUGCAGAAGUUAUCAGUGCAGCUGCGGGUGGAGCAAGUAUGGGCGUAGAGCUUGACGGGGAAUUGGAAGGGCUUGGGGGAAAGGGGCCCAGGGUGCGCGAUAUGGACCCUCGGGAGUGCAUCAUUGACAUCAGGGAAUAUGAUGUCCCCUACUAUCUUCGUGUCGCUAUCGACAUCGACAUCCGCGUUGGUUUGUGGUAUGCCGUGACAUUCACAGCAGGUCAGCCUUCUUUUCGUCACAUUGCCGAGCGUGUUAAGCGUGCGGAUCCUGUCGUCAUGGCUUAUGAUAUAGAGACGACGAAGGCCCCACUGAAGUUCCCCGACCAGGCCAUCGACCAAGUAAUGAUGAUCUCUUAUAUGGUAGACGGACAAGGAUAUUUGAUCACGAAUAGGGAAAUUGUCAGUGAAGAUAUCGAAGACUUCGAGUACACUCCCAAAGAAGGAUAUGAGGGGCCUUUUAUAAUAUUCAACGAAGAAAACGAGGCCGCUACUAUCAAUCGGUUUUUCUCUCAUAUACAAGACAUAAAACCGACUGUUAUGGCAACUUUUAACGGAGACUUCUUCGAUUUUCCGUUUCUGGAUGCGAGGUCAAAGGCCAAUGGAAUUGACAUGUUCCUUCAGACCGGUUUUGCCAAAGACGCCGAGGAUGAGUAUAAGAGCCGUACAUGUGUGCACAUGGAUUGUUUCCGAUGGGUGAAACGAGAUUCAUAUCUUCCCCAAGGAAGUCAAGGUUUAAAAGCAGUGACCACUGCGAAGCUUGGAUACAAUCCUAUAGAGUUGGACCCCGAGCUAAUGACUCCGUACGUGUAUGCCAUGGAGCAACCUCAAGUCUUGGCCCAAUACUCAGUUUCUGAUGCUGUUGCCACAUAUUAUCUGUAUAUGAAAUACGUCCACCCCUUCAUAUUCUCUCUCUGUAACAUCAUUCCGCUCUGUCCUGAUGAGGUGCUGCGCAAAGGUACUGGGACUUUAUGCGAGACCUUGCUAAUGGUUGAAGCUUAUCGAGGCGAAAUCAUCAUGCCAAACAGACAUGAAGAAGUACACGGUCAUAUGUAUGAUGGUCACCUUCUAGCCUCUGAAACAUAUGUCGGUGGACACGUCGAAGCUUUGGAAGCUGGUGUCUUCCGUAGUGAUAUCCAGACCGAUUUUAAGGUUGUGCCUGCAGCCGUACAACAGUUGAUUGAUGAACUCGACGCGGCCUUGACCUUUUGUAUCAUCGAAGAGUCUAAGUCGUCUAUGGAUGACGUGACAAACUAUGACGAAGUAAAGGCGGAGAUACAGGCUGCUCUGGAAGUCAUGAGGGACAAUCCGAAGCGCACCGACAACCCACUCAUCUAUCACUUGGACGUUGCGGCGAUGUAUCCUAACAUCAUGUUGUCAAAUCGACUGCAGCCAGACUCCAUGGUCGAUGAAUCUGUCUGCGCAGUCUGCGAUUAUAACAGACCGGGAAAGACUUGUGACCGACGAUUGGAAUGGGCCUGGAGAGGAGAGUUCUUUCCUGCUCAUCGUGACGAAUACAACAUGAUCAGGCAUGCCCUGAACCAGGAAACAUUCCCGCCAAAGCGUCCUGGACAACCCCAAAGACGUUUUCCCGAUCUCUCUCCCGCAGAGCAAACAGCUUUGCUCCACAAGCGACUCGGCGAUUACUCCCGCAAGGUCUAUAAGAAGAUGAAGGACACAAAGAUCGAGAACCGCGAGGCCAUCAUUUGUCAGAGGGAGAAUCCUUUUUAUGUUGAUACCGUUCGAAGGUUCCGUGACCGUCGCUACGAGUAUAAAGGUCUUCACAAGACCUGGAAGAAGAACUUGGACUCAGCGAUCAGUGGCGGGAAGUCGAUAGCUGAGAUUGACGAGGCAAAGAAGAUGAUUGUAUUGUACGACUCUUUGCAGCUCGCUCACAAGUGCAUUUUGAACUCAUUCUACGGUUACGUCAUGCGAAAGGGUGCCCGAUGGCAUUCGAUGGAGAUGGCUGGUAUCACCUGCCUUACUGGUGCGACAAUCAUCCAAAUGGCGCGGGCCCUCGUCGAACAGAUUGGACGUCCGCUCGAGCUGGAUACUGAUGGAAUUUGGUGUAUGCUACCUGGCGUGUUCCCGGAGAAUUUCAAGUUCCAACUCGCGAAUGGCAAAGCCAUCGCAUUCUCCUACCCUUGUACUAUGCUGAAUCAUCUCGUUCACGCGAAGUUCACCAAUCAUCAGUACCACGAUUUGGACCCCGAAACGGGCGAGUAUAAGAUCCACAGCGAGAACUCGAUCUUCUUCGAACUCGAUGGUCCUUACAAGGCCAUGAUCCUACCAUCUUCGAAGGAGGAAGAUAAAUUGUUGAAGAAACGUUACGCCGUUUUUAACGACGAUGGGUCAUUGGCCGAGUUAAAAGGUUUCGAAGUGAAGCGGCGCGGGGAGCUUCAGUUGAUCAAGAUCUUCCAAUCCCAGAUCUUCGAGAAGUUCCUGCUUGGCAUCACCACGCAAGAAUGUUAUACUGCAGUCGCGGGGGUGGCCGAUCAAUGGCUCGACGUCCUCUUCAGUAAAGCCGAUAGUCUUGACGACGAGGAGCUUGUUGAGCUCAUCGCAGAGAACCGAAGUAUGUCCAAGACCCUUGCUGAAUAUGGUGGACAGAAGUCGACGUCCAUUAGUACUGCUCGUCGUCUUGCGGAAUUCCUUGGCGAUCAGAUGGUGAAGGACAAGGGUCUUGCGUGCAAGUUUAUUAUCUCAGAACGUCCAAUCGGAGCGCCUGUCACGGAGCGUGCUGUCCCGGUUGCGAUUUUCUCGGCGGAGGAAGGCGUCAAGAGAACCUACCUUCGCAAAUGGCUCAAAGAUAGCAGCUUAGUCAACUUUGACCUACGGUCGAUCUUGGAUUGGCAGUACUACAUAGAGCGUCUGGGAUCAGUAAUCCAAAAACUCAUAACGAUACCUGCUGCUAUGCAAAAGGUUCCUAAUCCUGUUCCUCGUAUACGCCACCCCGACUGGCUUCAUAGACGAGUGGCUGUAGCGGGUGACAAGUUCAAGCAAAACAAACUCACCGAUUUCUUCAAACCUGCUACUGAAGAGGAAUCACAGCCUCUGCCGCCUCGGGACAUUGAAGAUAUGGGGGAAGAAGAGACGCAGAGCAAGCGUAUUCGUAUUGCAGUUGUCAAACGCACAAUUCGGCCGAAGAUGCCGGAGCCCGAGGUUGAAGAAGAGACUCUUCUUGCAAUACCAGAUCCCUCCGUCAAUUAUUCCACCUGGAUUAAGGCGAUGCGUCCUCGUUGGAAGCAACGGCAGGAUAUCCGAUGGAAUACUUCGGCACCAGUCGUGCCAUCCAUGUUCCGAGGCGUCAAAGUCAAGACGAGUCGCACUUGGGACAUAUUACAAAUUCGCCCGAGUAAGAUUGCCGGUCGGUUUAUUCUAUGGUUGUCUGUCGAUGGGGAGGUCGUCUCAGCGCCUUUACGAAUUCCCAGAGAGAUGUAUAUUCAUCUCAGAAAUCCCAAGGAGGACAUCUUUCGACCUGAUUUCUAUACCUUUGAGAAAGUCACACGCAGUCUACCUCGUGAACGUCCGUCAACGAACCUUUACCAGCUGUCCGUUCGUGAAGAUGUUUACAUUGACAUCCAUGAGCACUUCAUUGAUCUUGCCAAUGAUCCUAAUGUUGAUGGAGUAUUCGAAGAACAGGUCCCUCUCGUUGUCCGAGGUGUUCUCAAAUUGGGAAGGUCAUGUACCGUUGAAGACCCCAAUAUGACUCUGAACCGGGGCCAGACCGUUGGUUUCGACCUUCACCAACUCGAUCGCGCGACUCAUUCGACUUCUGCUUCCCGAAAAUACCUACAGGGGGGAAUUGGCAGCAAAUAUAUAUUCCUUUAUCACGCGUGCUCUGCGACUGCCCCACUGCAUGUAUUUGCCACCUUCUCGCCGACGGGUCCCGUCAAACUUCAUGUCGUUGAUCCAGCAACACGGCGUCAGCCUAUAUCCAAAUUAGAGGCGACCUAUGCCGACUUGAAGCAGAAAAGACAGCAAAAAUACGGGACUUCUCCUUCUAUAAGUUACGAGGACACUCGUGAAUUUACUACUACAUAUCAUUCCACCGAUUCUACUGCUCUCAAAGCUAUUUCGCGCGAGUUUGGCUUGAUGGAAGACAAGUCAUAUACCGUUGUCAUCUCUUCGAGCAAAGAUCAGUCAUAUUUUGAUCGAUUGCUUCCGAAGCUGUCCAAAUUUCCUGUACUCUCAAUGACCAAAGCUCGGGGCCCUCAUACGUUGGAUGUGUUUCCAUGGCAGACUCACGUCGCACAGAAGAUGCUGAAUCGGUAUCUUUCGCUGGGAUCAUGGCUUGACCGUAUGAUAUCACUCGCGGAUUACUACGAUGUCCCCAUCGGACAUAUUAAGGGCGACCAGCCCCUCCUUCUUUCCGACAUCUCAUUCGCCCGCCGCCUCAUCCAGAACGACAUGAUACUCUGGUGGUCACCUGGGGAACAGCCUGAUCUCGGUGGUAUCGAGAAUGACCAGAGACUAUCUGAGGAGCUCCCCACCACGGAGUUCCAAUCAGCUGGAUGUUACUCUAAUGUCUGUCUCGAAAUUAGCGUUCGAAACCUGGCCGUCAAUUCUGUCCUACAUUCCGUCGUCAUUAACGAACUCGAGGGGACUGGUGGAUCGACCGCCUUCGAUUCUGCGUCCAAGACACUGGAUGAGUACAAGAACGGUGAAGGACAGCGAGAUCUCACCUUGGGCAAGUCGAAUAUAUCUGCGCAGACGUUUAGCAUUCUGAGGAAUAUGGUGAAAACGUGGCUGCUUGACAAAAUCCAUGGCGAGCUUGAGAGUCCGUCUGUAACAAUCGACCAUUUCUGGCGAUGGACGAGCUCAAGCGCGUCGCAGCUUUACGAUCCCAACCUCCAUCGCUUCGUCCAUGGCCUCAUGCGGAAGACGUUCAUCCAGCUAUUGGCAGAAUUUAAGCGCCUGGGCUCGCAUGUCGUCUAUGCCGAUUUCAGCCGCAUACUUCUUUCCACGUCCAAGCCUCCUGGUACAGCCCAUGCGUAUGCGACAUACAUCAACACCGCCGUCACAUCCCACGAACUCUUUGAACACAUUUACCUGCAAACGGAUAAGUUCUAUGACUUUCUACUAUUCAUGGACAAGGCCAACAUGGGAGGUAUCGUAUGCGAAGAUCCUCUCGCCUUAGAGCCCCCUGAAGAGCUGACGUUGGAGAACGACUGGAAUAUCGCAGAGUUCCUUCCUCCGGCCAUCCAGAAGGACUUUGGCGUCGCCAUCCAAUUCUUCGUGGUAGAACUGUACAAGAUCCGGCAGCAAACGCAUGAGGUAUCACGGGCACCUCUACGUGCGCUGCGCAACGGUGCGCCUGAGUCCAGUCAACGGGAUGUCACCAAAAAGAGCGAAAUAGAGUCGACGCAAGAGUUCAUCGCGCGACGUCUAACCAGGAAACUGCUCAAGCUGGUGAGAACCGUGCAAGAACGGCACAGAGAGGCUAUGCUGAAUGAAGAAUUGAUGGACGGCUUCGAUUUUCCGGUUCUCCCCGGCUCUUACCUCCAGCUCUCCGACCCUGUCUUGGAGUUUGUCAAGUUCAUUUGUGCGGUGUUCGCACUUGCCAAGGAUUAUCAGGUUGAAAUUGGCUUGUUAAAGCGGAAUCUACUCGAUCUUAUCGGGGUACGCGAAUUCGCCAAUGAUGCCAUCUUCCGUAACCCCUGCGAACCGCUCAUCCUCUCCAACGUCCCUUGUAGGCAUUGUGAUGCCCUGCGCGACUUUGACUUCUGUCGUGAUCCCGACCUGCUUCCGAAUAACCUCGACGUCUCGCAGAGGUGGAUUUGCUUGACUUGCCAUGGGGAGUACGAUCGGCAAGCUAUUGAGUUCAUGCUGAUGAAGGUGCUAUUCGAUAUGGAGAGGUCGUUUGCACUGCAGGAUUUGAAAUGCUCAAAGUGCCGGCAGAUACAAUCUGACAACGUAUCCAAGUUUUGCCAGUGUUCGGGAGCGUAUCAGUAUACACUGAAUAAGGGGGAUGUGCGACGGAAACUUAGGACGAUGGUCAAUGUGGCGAUUGUGCAUAACCUGGGAAGGCUGAGGGUUUGUAUUAACUUUCUGUCCUUUGCAGCGUCUGUCUGA